AUGCAAGAAAUUGAAGAUGAAGUACAAAACAAUAUAAAUUAUGAAAUAACGGAUAACAGAUAUGUGUUUGAUUUUGAACAAGUCAAUUGGAACAACAGACAACAAACAAACCAUAAAAGUAGUAUGACAAAAAAUGCGUUAAACCAAAUUGAGAAUGAACGAGAAAAUGUAGAAAAAGAUUUAAAGUUAUUAGAAGCUAUUAAAGAUGAGAGAUCAAGACUUCAAAAUUUAAUGAUUUCAGUAUUAGAGAUUAGAAAUGAACUGGAAGAAAAACUUCAGGGGUCAUCAAGUCUUUAA